ACUUAGAGAAUAGAAUGCUUCCCUUCCACACCAUUGACGUCUAGCGUCUUUUUGACAGAGAUCGAGCCAUUCAUUUAUCAAUUUGUCAUGUUAAGAAGAAGAGAUAUUUUGUAAAUAGUUUAAAAAUAUUCAUUUAUUAGGUACCUAAUUCUUAAUUUUUUGAAUCAUCACCAUCAAAAUGAGUGCGCCAGCUACGACUACAGAAUCAUUCGAUGAGUUUUAUACAGAGGUUAAGGAGAUUGAAAAACGUGAUUCAGUGUUAACACCAAAACAGCAAAUUGAGAGAUUAUUGCGUCCUGGCUCCACCUACUUCAACCUGAAUCCUUUUGAGGUCCUUCAGGUUGAACCAGAGACAACACUUGAUGAAAUCAAGAAAAAGUAUAGGAGACUUUCCAUCCUUGUUCAUCCAGAUAAGAAUAUGGAUGAUUCUGAACGAGCGCAGCAAGCGUUUGAAAUAGUCAAUAGAUCUUGGAAAACACUAGAGAAUGAUGAAACUCGAAAAAAAUGUUUGGAUAUUUAUCAAGAGGCCAAGGAAAGAACAGAUCACAUGAUAGAACAAAAGAAAAAAAAGUUGAAAAAGGAAAGUCGCCUUGAAGAAGGUAUACCGGAGGAUGACCCAAUCAAGUACAAACAUGCAGUAUAUGUCAUGACAAUGAAGUUGUUUGCUGAUAUGGAGCGGAAGCGGCAACAUUUGGAGACUCGAGACAUGGAAGAGAGAAAGAGGAAAAGGGAAGCAGAGAUAGAGCAAGAAGAACAGAUGUCCUUUGAGAAGGAGUGGGCGAAGAACUUUGAGGAAUCUCGUCAAAACCGCGUUGAUAGCUGGAAGACAUUCCAGUCUGGCGGCAGUAAGGAGAAGAACAAGGAGAAGAAAAAGAAGAAGAUAAUGGGCUUCAAACCACCCAAGCUAAAGCCAGAGAGCAGAUAACUCCCGACCUCUUUCUAAUUAUAGGUCGUCUCCUUUACUGAGAAGUAAUUUUGAUCAUAAAUUGAGCUGAUAUAGGUUGUUAAUUUGAAAUAAAAUAAUGUUUAAAACUAUGUGCAUUAAAACCCUUUGCGCUCUUAACAAAUAAAUAAAAUAUAAUACAAUUAUAUAUCGAAACAUAUGUACUUAGCUUUUUUGAUAACUUUUUAUUAAACAUAUGUCUGUAUCAAAAUUAUUCCUUGGUAAAACAUAAGGACUCCAUAUUUAGCUAAGUCUUUUCAAGUCUCUGAUAACUAUAAAAACGAUGAUAAUUUUUUUUUCAAAUUGCAUAAUCUUAUUUUUGGUUGGUAAGUAUAAUGUUAUUACAUUAUACCAACCAAAAAUAAGAUUAAAUGACAUUAUACCAAUAGAUAAAAAUAUCAUUUCUGAGCAUAACUUUAUGAAAUAAAAAUAAUCCUUCUAAUUUUAAUACGUUCUCCGUUUCAGUAAACAAAGACGACCUUGAAUAAGUCUGAAGUCGUCUGUGUAAUUGGGUAAACCCGUUUUUAAACACUUUAUACAAAUUACAUGUAUGCAUAAAUUUCUUGUUCUUUAGGCUUGUCAAACUUUAAAUGUUUGUCUUCAUUGGCUGUUAGGGUUAAUUUGUGUAUAUUAUACUAAUGUAUAAUAUACACGAAUUAACCCUAACAGUCAAUGGAGACAAAUAUUUGUAAAAAUAUACGAGACAUCCGAGAACCUAACCCAACCGAAACCGAAUACCGAAAACCAAACGUAGCAUACAUAGCACAUCAACAAAUAAUGACCAAGUGUGGGUGAAAAGUUGUCACAGAUUUGAAAAUAUUCUCAUUUUUAGUGUAUAGUUUGGAUACAAAUAGAAUGUAGUCGAAGGUAUUCAUAUUUAGAUUAAUUUUAUUAUAUUUUGUCCAACUUAUAGAUAGGACAACUUGUUUAAUCGCAUAAUCACCAAUUCGCAAAAUGACAAAUUCAUUUUUAGGUAUUUGAAAUGCGUUUUGUAUAAAAAAUUCAUAACCGAUUUUGCGAAUUAUUCAUCAUGCGACUACCUCGAAUUGAAUAAAAAUAUCAAGGAAUACAUUGGUAGUCCUAAACUUACUUGCUACUUUUAAAAGCUUCGUGGUUUCGUCUCUAUUGCAAAAUAUGAGAAUAAACCACAAAUAAAUUCAAUUUCGUAAAGUGAAAUCUGAUUUGUGAGCCAAAUUGGACUUUAUGGAAUCAUUAUAAGGUCUACUUAUAUUAACUUCACAACGACUUAAUUUUGUGCUUUCUUCGCUGUUGUUUUAUCUUUGUCAUAUUCAAGGAAGAGACCUUCAUAUAUAGUUACGCCCCUAUGCGAACAUCCAAAUAUCUGCAAUGGUUUAAAAAGUAAUCUUGUCGCAUAAUUAUUUGUACAACUAAAUGCCUGUCUCGCUUAUACACUUAUAUUCGUUAAUCUAAUUUAGCUAAUUAUUAAAAUAUUUAAGUAAAAUUUAGUUUUUCAUCAGCUUUUAAAAGUAGUUUGUUUUGAAUUUAACAGCUCGUGACGACUUGUACAUAUUGACCGUGAUGACAAGCAAUAAUAUACAAACAAACAUAGCGAUAAUACAUGAAUUAUGCAUUGUUACUUACCCAAAUAGAAAUAUUUUGUAAAUGCUAUUGUUCCGUGUUCUUACAUGCAUCGAAUUACUUCGUCUUAUGAUUAAUAAAACACUGCAUAGAUGUCGCUAGUGUCGUCUAUCAACACGCUGAAACGCAGUUCCCAGUUCGCAGCCAUACCCAUAGGCCUUACCCCAAUGCUCAGUGGUGCUUCUUUACAUACUUACUUCGUUAUUUUCUAUAGUUUUGACAUUGACGUACAUAGAAGCUUCAUACAAUUUCUAUGUUCACCUGCGUUGAUCCGUCGAUAGGUAUGUCAACGAGACGGAGCGCGGCUGAGCGAUGGGGCAUGGCUCUUAUUGUAUCCUAUCUAUUCUAUGCCUUAUGGCUCAUACACACUAUCGGCGAACUCGGUUCAGACAGACGCCGACAUGAAUGAACUCACAUUUCGUAGUUUAUGUUUUUUUACCGCAAGGAAAAGAAACAUGUCGAAACCCUUUGCCGAAUAUAUAUAGUCGGCAGUUCGAUAUUAUAUAAAGAGUUAUUUAAAACAGUGUUAAAUAACGUUCAGUUUUGGAUUUAUCAAUCGAUAUCAUAAUCUCAAUUAUAAACCUAUCCAAAGUGAUCUAGAAAAAAAAAACAAUUGACAGUUUUCUUUUGUUAGAUUUUAUACAUUCUAUAAUGUGAGGAUCAACAAAUAACAUAUGUGUGAUACCAGCAGUACUCAACAUAUUCUGUUCAUGUCCUGUUCUCUAGAGAUAUUCAGAUAUGUUAAGUAAAGUGUACAUUAUUUUUAUGAAUCUUUGGCAAUAAAAAAAAAUUCUUUGCGCUAUCCCCCAAUUUACCCGUUAUGUAGGUAUUUUUGCAUAACGUUGUAUUUUCAUUUAUAUUUAUUACUUACUACAUCGGUAUUAAGUCGAAUGUUCCAAUUAAUUGUGUAAGUACCUUAUUUGAAGUAGCUCAUCAGUUCAGCGUUGCUAAGAAUAAAAAUAUGCACAAAA